CAAUAGACCUUUGUAAGUAAAGCUAUUUUUGUGGAAACAUUUUGUACAUUUAACAGUCGAUUAACCUGAUAACAAAAUCCGCAUGUGUGGCUUGUGGAAAAGGUAAUCUAAAAAUGACAACCAUAACGUACGAUUCUUCCAACAGAAUAUUUACUGCAUUGGCGUAGCCGUAGCGUAUAUAUUUUGUGCGAAUUAUUGUUAUAUGAGCAUACCAAUUGACAAAAUUUAAUUUUACAUGUCAUGUCGUGUAUUUCACUUGACAAUGUAUCGCUGUAUAAGCCCUGCUUCACUUCAUUAUAUCGAUUUGCAAUUCUGUGCUCAAGCAAAAAACAUGACGGCAAUACACUUUCAAAGGAAAAGCAAUUCGUCGAUUGGGGCACGUAUAAUGUCGUUUGCAAAACAAACUAGCAUACAAUGUCUCGCAUAUUCAUUCUAUCCGACUGGAGAUGUCAGAACAAAAAGACUUUUGCAAUAUGGAGUACGCAGCAUAUCCUCAACGAUGGAUACUUCUUUCCAUUCUUUGUGUGGUAUCAUUUUCUCAAAUAUAUUCUUCGAGUGGGUUUAUUCUUCUAAACGGCAUUGUCGCACAUUUCUAUAGAGUGACACCUUAUUACACGGAUUUGUUGGCGAUCAUAGGAUCUGCACUUGGAUUUCCAGUUGGAUUAGUGUCUGCUUACUUCAGUGACAUACUUUCUCUACGUUCUCUUAUGCUGGGUUUAAUUUUAGCUCUUCUGAGUGGUUCGUUCAUUUGUGCAAUUGGAUUUAUUUCAAGAGACUUGUUCUACGUUGCUGCUUUGGGGAGAGUCAUCACGUCUAGUACAUUUGGAACUAUGUUUACAACGCAAGUAUUGUUAGCUGCCAAUUGGUUUCCUUCAAGUGAAACAGCAAUGGCAUUUUCUCUUCCCGUCGUAACACUUACUUUGGGAAGUGUCGCUUCCUCUCUUAUUUAUCCUCAUGCAAUUCCAAAACUGCAUUUGAAUAAUGUUACCAGUGGAAACGACACUAAUUGGGAUCAGACUGGUGAAGUAUCUACGCUUUUCUGUUCAACCUUUGGAACGUUCAUUGCAUCUUCGUUGAUUUGCUUAGUACUUACCAUUAUUAAUUGCAAAAAUCAACCUCCAUCACCACCGAGUCGAGCUCAAGAAGAAAUGUUGACAAAAAAUUUCAAUAAAAAACAUAAAGUGAACACUAGUCGUAUAUCGGAAAUGUGGAACAUUACACGUCAAAGAUCAUUCAUCUUGAUGACUUUGGCAUCGUCGUUUCAAAAAUCUCAGUUGGCUUAUUCAGUGUUUUUACUGCCAUCUUGUGUUUUAAUGACAUUUCCUGAUUUAAAAAACACGGUGCCAGGGAAAAUUGUUCUCAUAGCAACUUUUGGACAAAUUAUUGGAGUCAUCGUAACAGGAAAACUAUUGGAUAAAUUUAAGGCAUUCAAGCUUACAAUAAUAACAGGGCAAUUGAUCAUGACGACAUCUUGCAUUGGAUUGUUUUUUGCUCAUUCUCAUCGAAAUCUUCCAAGUCUCUAUAUAUUGUACUCAAUAAUGAACUUCAGCGGAGGAGGUUUUCUACCAGCAUCAAUCGAAUUACUUGUCGAAACAACAUACCCAUCAAACAAAUUACUUCUGAUGUCUCUUUACACUUCUUUUUCAAAUUUAGCUGUUUUUAUUUUCACAACCAUUGUGAGAAUGGUUAUGAUGAACGCUGGUGUCCCUAUUGCGACAGUCGCCGUUUCAGGGUUCCUGCUGAUAUCAACAACGGCUGUUUGCUUGGUACCACCAGAGUACAAACGUCAGAAGGCAGAUAAUGGAGUACGAUACUUAGAUGUGGAUGAUAAGCAAAAUGUUACUGAUGAAUCUCCUGUUGAAUAGUGAUAACAUUUUCAUAGAAAAAUACAUAUUGAUGACAUGUAUCGUUCAGCAAAAAACAUUAAAUCUUCGUGGAUGUUUUUUUCUUGGGUGCCCUCUUCUUUUGAAUUAAAAUUAUAGCCAAGGGUAGAAGUUGAAUAUUUUUCUUGUUUGAUGAAUAAAUUUAAUCAAUAAA